CUUAAAGCCAGUGGACUGCCAGAACCAUCCAGUCUUGCCUUUCAGUACUGCAGUGACACGCAGGGGAGGCGACAUCUCUCCGCGGCUUUCCUUCAGUAGAGGCGUCCGUAGAAGCAGCAUACGAUAACUGCUGUGGAUUGGAGUUUCUGUGUUUUUUUGUGUUUUGGUAAAAAAGUCAACGAUACGUGGAUGUAAUACAAUUAAGAAAUUAUGAGUGGAGACAGCAAGAGUAGACUUUUCUCAGAAAGUCUGGUCCUAGACGACUCCGAGGAAGGAGAUGACAAAAUGGCUGCAAGAAGUGGCCUACAAGCAGGGGAUGAGAUUGUUGCAGCCACGAUACAUCUAGACCACUUCAACCAAGGUGAAGUCUUGAAGAUCCUUAAGGUCUUGGAGCCAUAUGAUAAAAAUAUGGUGUUUCUGACAAAGAAGCAGCUGGGUGCCAGUGCUGACCUUGGCUCCUUUGGAUUAGUACGCAAUGACUCUGGAAAGAUGCUCAACUUUAAAAAGGAUCUGUCACUGGAUGCUUCCCUUGACGGCCUGAGUGGAAAGCUAAAUGCUUCACAGGGCUUGGGGGGUGAAAUAGGUGGUCCUACUCUCAAUGGAGACCUUCCCAGUCUCAGUUUAAGUAAGCCCUCAGCUGAUGCCAGUGCCAAAUUCCCAAUGCCCUCUCUUGGGCUGAAUGGACCAGAUAUAAAAGGAGAUCUAGAUGGCACCCUUAAAGCACCUAAUGUCAGUGUCUUUCCCAAGAUCAACACCAAAAGUGCCUCACUCGACCUCGAGAAACCAAAAAUCAAGACAGACAACCUGAAAUACAAGGCCCCAAAAUUCACAAUGCCACACUUCAAUCUCCCUCAACUCAAAACACCAAAAGCAGACAUGCAUGUUUCUGGUGAUACAAGUCUCCCUUUCAGUGAUUUCAGCCUCAACACACCAAAGAUCAAUGGGGAUCUCAGUGCACCAGAUGUUGACAUCAACUUACCCAAAACUGACAACAAAAGCUUUGAUCUAGAUGUUCAAACCCCAAAUCCUGACAUUGAUGCCUCAUCUGGUAAAUUCUGGACUAAUUUUAGGAAAAAACCCAAACUUCAUAGCCCUAAAGCUGGUCUGGACUUGGAUGCAAACCUAAACACACCACAUGUUGAUCCCUCUCUUUCAAAAAUGGAGGCCCCAGAUUUUGACAUAAAUUUGCCGAAGGCUGAGCUAGACAUGCAAACCCCAAACAUUGAUGUGGAUGCUCCAUCUGGUAAAACCAACUGGCUAAAUUGGAAAUGGAAGAACCCAAAACUUCAAGGCCCCAAAGCAGACCUAGACACAGACAUAAGCGUAUCCGAUGUUUUAACUCCAACAAUUGAGGGUGACAUUAAUGUACCAAAUACUGAGCUGAAUCUCCCAAAAGCUGACCUUAGCAGCCCCAAUGUAGACUUUCAGGCACCAGACAUUAAUGCUCCAUCAGGGAAAAUAAACUGGCCUCAUCUGAAGUGGAAAAAAAACAAACUUCAUGGUCCCAAAGCUGAUAUGGACCUUAGUGCAGAUCUGAGCACACCAGAUGUAGAUCUCACAGCUCCUAAAAUUGACGGUGCGUUAAGCACACCUGAUGUUGAUCUGAAUUUACCGAGAGCUGAUGUUGAUGUUAAAGCACCAGAGACUGGCAAACUCAGGUUCCCCACACUCAAAAAGGGCAAGUUCCUGCUUUCUGGGCCAAAGGUGAAAAGCUCAUUGAUUGACGUUGAUGCUGAAGCCCCUGACCUCAAUCUCUCUCCUAAAGCAUCCCUUGAUGGACCCGAUGUUGAUUUGAAUCUACCCCAAGCUGAUGUUAAAGCCCCAAAUGUCGACAUUGCGGGUCAAUCUGAGAAGUUCAAAUGGACUUUAAAAAAGCCAAAGGGUUCAGUCUCCAAUUGGAGUCUCAAAGCUCCACAGAUUAAUGGUGAGAUGAAAGCACCAGAUCUACCCAGAGCUGACCUGAAAGGCCCAGAGUUGGGCAUUGAUACUCCCGAUUGUGACAAUUCUGGAAAAUUGAAAUGGUUCAACUUGAAGAAACCCAAAUUUGGUACACCAAAGGGUCCAAAGGGUGACAUUGAUGUUGAUGUGAAGGUACCACAAAUGGACCUCAACGGGGUUGAUGUGAACAUGAGCGCCCCAAAAAUCAAGACUCCAAAACUCAAUAUGGCAGAUCCGCAUUUGGGUAUUAACGGUCCAGAUACCAACUAUGACAUUAACCUUCCUAAAAGCAAUGUGGUUGCACCUAAUGUAGACCUUAAAGCAACAGAUCUCACCUUGUCUGCACCGAAAAUAGAUUUUAAUGCCCCAGAUCUUGACAUUAAUGUCCCAAAGGCUGAUCUGAAAGGUCCUCACAUAGACCUUCAAACUCCAGGCAUUGAUACCCCAGCUGGAAAAUUAAAGCUACCCAAAAUAAAUCUUCCAGGGUUUGGCCGGAAAGGGCUAGAGGUAAAAGGACCCAAUCUUAAUGUGGAUGCUGAAAAUGUCAAUCUUCCUGAUGUAAAUCUUAAGUUGCCAAAAGCUGCUGUCAAAACGCCUUGCUUGAAUCCAAUUAAAGGAGAUCUCUGCACUCCAGAUCUAGAUCUGGAUGCUGCUCUUAACAAAAAUGUGGAUCUUUCUGGCCCCAAAACAACCAUCAGUGUACCAAACAUCAAUGUUCCUACCCUGGAUACUAAAGGUUCACAUCUCAACCUUAAUUUGCCUCAAGCUGAUGUAACAGGGCCCAGUUUUGAUCUAAAAGCACCAGAUCUCAGCCUGUCUCCACAAAAAUUCGCAGCACCAAAAAUAGACACCAAAGGGCCAAAAACUGAGCUGGAAGCACCUGUCACACUGAAAGCUCCAAACAUGGAUAUUAACCUGCCAACAGCAGACCUCAAAGGACCUGACACGCAGUUAAAAACACCAGAUUUAAAUUUUGAUUCACAUCUCGGUGAUUUCAAUUUUCCUCAUUUCAAGCAUCCAAAAUUUGGUCUUGAAAAUCCCAAAGUAGAAGUUCCUAGUGUUAGUACCGCAGUGGAGAAUGGAAUUGAGGCCCCAAAGGUCAACAUGGUCACUCCUAUCAACACACCGGAACUUGAUAUCACAGCUGAAGCAGAUGCUGAAGUCAAAGGUACUCCGAAGAGUAGGAUAAAAUGGCCUUUCAAAUGGGGAUUAAAGUCUGGAACAGAAAGCAAUGAAGAGGAAAGUGGUGAUGAGUCUGAAACUGUUGUGUCUAAUGCCGAUUUGGAGGUUCCUGUAUUCAAAAUGCACAAACUGCCCAGGAACAAUCUUGAUGGCAUUGGAGGAACUGAGGAUAUUUUAAGCGUAUCGAAACUUGACUCAGAGGCAAAGGAUUACAUCGUCAGCAAAGGGAUCCGCUUGCCAAUAGUAAAUCCUACAACAACAGCAGGAGAAAAAAUUGACAUUAGGCAGAGACUAAAAAUGGCCACAGAAAAAUCGGCGACAGCUAACAUCUCAACAACUGAAGCAACAAGACACACUCUUAAUGUCAAUACAUCUGCAAACACAGAUUCUUUAGUGAGAGGAGGUACUUUCAAAGUAGACAAGCCGGAGUCCAUAGUGGGUCUGGUAGCCCCUGAAAUUUCUAUCCCAGAUGAACGUGACAAAUUGUCUUUGAGCCUCUCCAAUAUGCUUGGCCUUAAUGUUAAGGAUUCAGACGCUGACUGAUUUCUGUUUUACUUACCUAAAGUAAAGCUUCAGUCCAAAAAUAUUGUAAAUACAUGUAACUUAACCAAUUAUUUGUCUCAGUUUGUGACUGUGACAGAUCAUUUACACAUGAGAGAGCAACAAAGAGAGGGCAGGAAGAGGUAUUUCACACUGUUUCUACAAGUUAAUAAUACCGUACUCACUAUUUUUUGUACACGUCAGCCCAAACUCCGAUAUUUUCCAGUAAGCUUGGCCUGUAUUGUCCUGACCCACUGGUUGACCCCAGCAUCACUGCCAGCUAAUGUAUCAAUCUUGUCUAAUAACUGAUUAAACUUGUUUUACACUGUGUA